UUUGCAGCAUCCACCUUCAGGAACAGUAUUCCUCCCUGGUAUCAUUCCAUCAACCCCAGAUGGAGUCAAGGCACAUUAACUGCAAGUGCAUUAUACGUGCAAUACAAUGGCAGUGCUACCUGUGUAACCACUGAAUAAAACUGAGUAAAGAUAAUUUAGACCUUAGUAACUAUGUGCUUAGUGGGGACUGCAACCUUAGGCUGCGUUUGCUACUGCAUUAACAGGAAAUCAGUAUUUUUCUUCUGUGCGUCUAUUUGAAGUGCUGUUUUGUAGUGACAGUGCUGAUCCUACACAUUUGAUUGAGCAUCCCAAGACUGUGUCAACACAAAAAACAAAUGAACACAAAACCCAAACAAAAUUAUAAUAAAAAAUAAAAACCUAUCCAAGAAUCUUCCUUUUUGCUGUCCAGUGGCAAAAAGAAAGUUAUCAAAGCUGAACAACUGAGAUUACAGAAAGAAGAAGAAGAAAGGAGGCUGAAAGAGGAAGAGGAAGCCCAAUUUCAAGCUCAACAAGAAGAAGCAUCAAGACUUGAAAAGGAGAGAAUUGAACAAGAACAGAUGGAAAAGCUUGAGGCAAAAGAUCAAGAACGAAGGGAGUCUGAACUAGCAGAACUUCAUUCACUGGAACAGAAGUUUUUGUCUGCACAGCAGUGGAAAACGGAUUAUAGAGCGUAUGGAAAGUGGGAGCAUUACCUCAGUUGUGAUGGAAGUCCUGACCCAGCUGUACUGCAGGAAAUAAAUACUUUCAUGAGCUUAUGGCGUGACGAUCAAAAUGAGGACGUUCAGCUUGUGAUGGAGAAGGGGGAACAGGUGCUAAAUUUAAUUGAGAAGUUGCAGUUGCUUUUAUUGGACACACCACCAAGUGAGAUAACAGAAAAAGAAACAGUCCAGUACCAGGAAUCUAUUCUGGAAUUGCAGAAUCUGCUUCAUCAGAAGUACAAUGGAGCAACAGAACACCUGCUUAAAACAGCUAAUAUGUAUGAAGACUCUGAAACGGGAAAUAUGCAGGCAGUCAUAAAGGACAAAAAUGUUACUUUCUGCAUUUGGGCCAAUCUGAAGAAGAAAGUAAGGUUAAAAAAUCACGUGUUUUGUGAUGCACAGCAUGGGUUUGAUCUUCCAAAGUCACUGGCUAUGAGCAGUGUUGCUGUUCGUAUAUUGCAUACUCAUUACGACCAUGUAUCUCCACUUUGGCUGCAGUGUCAGAGUGUGCCGAGAUUGGAAGUCUUAGAUAGCAAAGAGUUAACGCAGCAUUCAAAAGACAAUAUAGAAGAACCAGAAGAAGAGGAAAAGAAAGCCGGAGAAGAGCCCAGCAUGCCCACUGAAGAAGAAAUGUGUUCUGAUGGGAGAAAGACUGCUGUCUCAUUCAAAGAAAACAGCAAUAGCAUAGCUGAUAUAAAUGAGACAGAGGAGGAAAUUGAGAAGAAAUCAGAAAUCUUGGACUUACCGUCACAAGUUCAGCAUCCGCUGACACAGGAAGGGAUGGAUGAAAAAGAAGAGGCAAUAACUGAUGAAAACAUUGUUGAUUUGCAACAGUUUGUACCGGUGGGUGGUGUGUACCAUAUCGAUGCACUGCAGCUUCCACCUCAGGUCAAACAAAUCAAGGACUGGAGUAUGGUGGAGGUACUCGAUGUUGGAUUGCAGGCAUACCCCUAUCCCCCAGAAGAGGCCGAAGAUGCCACACAUCCACCAAUACAGAUAACCCUUAGGCUUUCUGACAAUGUGAUGUAUUUUGAGGAUCCUGUGAUAGCCCGAUGGGAUCCUGCAGGCCAACAGUGGAGAACUGAUGGCAUCAGCAACAUAACAUAUGAAAGACAAGCCAAGAGUAUCACCUUUGAGAUGCGUGCCUUUUAUACAAUAGCACUUCUCCAGGAUGCUCAUCUCAACAUGCCAUAUCAGGCGUGGGAAUUGCGACCUACAGGCAUGGAUGAAGCACUACUUAUAGUUACUACGGUCUUUGCAACGAUUCAGAUACAAAUUAAGGGUAAUCAGUGUAUGUUGUCUUCAGUAGUGGUGGAAGAGAAGGAUGUGCUUUCCUACGUCACAGGAAAAUGGCUAAGUCCAGUUGACCUAAGAGCAGUUUUGAAAAAAGCUGGUGUGAAUAUUUUCCCAGGAGCAUAUUCUCACAAGUAUGUCUCUGUGAACAAGAAGGCUCCUCUAGCAGAAGUUAGGGCCUAUCAACAGAUGGCACUGGUUGCAUCUGCUUUUGCUUUUGCCUGGAGCAAGUGGAAUCUAGAAGCAGGUCAAGAGCAAGUAGUGUUCAAGGAGUCAGGAGCAACAGCUGGAGUGGCCAAACCUUGCAUUUUACAGAGGCAAACUAGAUGGAAGAUUUUGGUGUUGAUACAGUACCUGGUAAGUGAGCAUCUUAAAGCAGAUUCUGUCAAAGACUGGUCUCUUUAUAUGUUUAAUGGUCAGAAAGCACAAAAGCUCAAGAUCACUGAAACCAGUGAAGCUUUUUCAGAAGAGCUAGAAGAAGAUUCUGAAUUUCACUCCACACUCUACCAUAUGCUUAAGGACUUUGCCAGCAAAGAAGCAAUUGAUAAAGUAGAAACAGCUAACUUCCUGUUUAUUGAUGUUGUAUAUCAGCUACUCCUUGCUACAAGAGUUUUAACAUACUCUUAAAUACUGCAUGCUUUCCUUUAAAACUUUAUUAUCAAAAGAUUUCAAUAAAGUUACAUUUCAAGUCUUGAA